UAUGACAGCUUAAGAAUAGUUACUUUAAUGCGCAAAAGUCAUUUUAUAUUCUGCCUGCUCUGAUAACGGCUGACAUUUCCAGAAACUGCCUGUGCUACGUUUAAGAAGCGUGACGCGUAUCUCAUCACUACCACCAGCAGUGGUCCUGUAUCAGACGCAGCCCUGUCAAGUUUGGAUCUCAUCUAUAACUCCAUGAUGUGUGAGUUUAGGGCGUUGUGCUUCUUGAUGCUGCUGAUUUCCGCCUUGGAAUCAUCAUCGGCAUUGAAUGCACCCACAAGCGACGUGAACCCCAUUUGCAUGACGACAACGGAAACACUGAUCGCCCACCCAACUAAGUGCGCCCAGUACUACGACUGCAACACGCCUGCCAUGGAAGACUCCUGGGAGCAGAACCUACAGGAAUGUCCCUUCCCGCAGUUGUACAACCCUGGAACACAGAGAUGUGAGCACUACAGCAUGGUCACGUGUGGCAGCAGGACAGAGCCCCUGGGGAAAUGCGAAUAUGACCAGCAUGCAUAUCUUGGGGGACCGGACUGUGGGCAACCGUGCCACGUUAACAACCCCACCUGCAGGAACCUCGCCGACGGCCUCAACGUCUACGAAUGGCGCCUCAACUCUCCCUACUACGUUGUGUGCGUUAAUCAGCGACUGGUCUACACUGGCGUGUGCCACGAUUACGGAACGGGAGCACCUAUUUUUGACGCCGAAUUGCGCGCCUGCAGGUGUUCGUAAAAAAUCCGUUGUUUUACAAAUCACAAUUGCAAUGUAAAUUAAAACUUUUCUCAACAACGUG